UCUUUUCUUCCUUCCAGAGUUUCCCUCCAACUCCUCUCUCUCUCUCUCUUCCCUCCUGGUUCUCUCUUUAAUGUUGAAGUAACUACUGGCACCCUAUUCCAUUUGCUUCUUAGAAGAAAUGGGUAAGGUAUCAAAAUGGUUUCGUGGUUUUCUCAGUCUUAAAAAGCCUGAUUCCUCAUCUCCCACUCCCACCACCUCAGCUCCAAAACCCCCCAAAGAGAAACGCAGAUGGAGCUUCGUCAAAUCUUACAGAGAACACGAUAACCUCCCUACCACCACCGCUGUUAAAACCGGCAUUCAUAAUAAUGAUAAUCAUUCGAUCACCGUGGCUGCAGCUCCUGCACUCAGACUUCGUAGCGGCGGCAGAUGCGUCCAAGCCACGGCGCAAAGCACCGCUAACCGUGAAGAAUGGGCAGCCGUUAAGAUUCAAGCCGCUUUUCGUGGAUGUUUGGCAAGGAGAGCCCUGCGAGCGUUAAAAGGAUUGGUCAAGCUGCAGGCGCUGGUGAGGGGUCAGGUGGCGAGGAAGCGGACGGCUGAGCGGCUGCAAAAAAUGCAAUUACACUUGCGAGCUCAGACUCGAGUUCGGGCGGGGCGGCUUAGUUCAUCUUUGAUGGCCAUGUCAUCAAAUGUCCACCUCCAUGAUCCGGCAACACCUGACAAAGUUGAAAACCCCAUCAGAUCCAAGAGCAUGAAAUAUGAUCAGUCGUCAAUACUCAAGAUCAGUGGCAAUAAGGAGAAAUGUUGGAAGACAACAGACAGUUGGGUAGAUGAGAAAUCAUGGAAUCGACAAAGAUCGUCCGUAAGAAUCUGUGUGAACGAUGAAAGAAAUGUAAGGAUCCUGGAAAUGGAUUCUGAAAAAAGAAACUUGGCAUCAAAACGCAGAGCCAGAAACCUCUUCCACUCCGCUAAUCUAGCUUUAGUUUCUGAUCCUUAUAGUCAGAAUUUGAUCGCCACAAAGAACUCAACAAUUCAUCAUUCCGGUCCAAUCCAUCGUGAAAUUCACCAAUCUUACAGUCCACCAGAAGGGCAUGAAGUUGAUGAGACCCCAUUCUGCACAGCAAACAAUAGUCCUCCUUUUUUUUCUGGGUCCUCUAGGGAUGGUAGCUCUAAAAGAAGCCCUUUUACUCCUACUAAGAGUGAUGGUUCAAGGAGUUAUGUAAGUGCUUAUUCUGACUGCCCUAAUUAUAUGGCUUACACCGAAUCUUCUAAGGCAAAGGUCAGAUCUCUCAGUGCUCCAAAACAGAGGACAAGGUAUGAGAGGUCUGGUUCGUCUAAUAGGUACUCAAUGAACGGAUUUGGCGAGUCAAGAUUGUCUGCACAAAGGGCAUCUGCUUUGCAUGCAAGCUUCACUAGCAAAGCCUAUCCCGGUUCUGGUCGUUUGGACAAGUUUGGUUUGCCUAUGGGUCAUAGAUACUGAGAAUGUUGGUGUGAAAGUGUUUUGGACUUUGGUCUGAUUGUGGAGCAUAGCGUAUGAACUUGCUAACAAGUUUUACUAAGUUAGGUGAUAAUUGAUAACCAUUACUGUUACGGCCUGCUUACUUAAGAUAGCUGUGAUCAUAUAUAAUGCAUAUGACUUCCAUGAUGUUCAUGGAUUUAUGUCGGUGACCUCUCCCCAGUUUCUAAAAUGUGAUGCUGAUUGGUCUGCUAAUAUAUAUGUAUAUCAGUUGAACUUCCAUGAACUUUUUUGACAUUCGCAUCUUCAUCUCA